CUAUCCUACUCGUAUAUAUAAACUCUUGCUAUUUUUACUUCGUUUCUGUUUCUAUUUCUCAGCUGGAGGGCUUCUCUCCAUUGCUUCCUCUUGCAUGCACACGCUGUAGAACAGUUUUGUGGCUUAAGGAUUCCUGAGGGACAGAAUUAACAGCCAGUUCUAAAAAUGGAGAUAACUAAUGUUAGUGAGUAUGAGGCAAUUGCAAAGCAGAAAUUGCCAAAAAUGGUGUUUGAUUACUACGCAUCUGGUGCUGAGGACCAGUGGACUCUGCAAGAGAACAGAAAUGCCUUUUCCAGAAUCCUGUUUCGGCCACGUAUUCUCAUUGAUGUGAGCAGGAUAGACAUGACCACCACUGUCUUAGGCUUCAAAAUUUCCAUGCCAAUCAUGAUUGCUCCAACAGCCAUGCAGAAAAUGGCUCAUCCUGAGGGAGAAUAUGCGACUGCAAGAGCUGCAUCAGCUGCUGGAACGAUCAUGACUUUGUCCUCAUGGGCUACUUCAAGUGUUGAAGAGGUGGCCUCAACAGGACCUGGAAUCCGCUUUUUCCAGCUAUAUGUGUACAAGGACAGGAAUGUUGUUGCUCAGCUAGUGAGGAGAGCUGAAAGGGCUGGCUUCAAAGCUAUUGCUCUCACUGUUGACACCCCAAGGCUUGGUCGCAGAGAAGCUGACAUCAAGAACAGAUUCACCUUGCCACCAUUCUUGACGUUGAAGAACUUCGAAGGUUUGGAUCUUGGAAAGAUGGACAUGGCUGAGGACUCUGGACUUGCUAGCUAUGUUGCUGGCCAAAUUGAUCGUACUCUCAGCUGGAAGGAUGUGAAGUGGCUUCAAACAAUCACUCAACUUCCAAUUCUGGUGAAGGGUGUUCUGACUGCCGAGGACACAAGGCUCGCAAUUCAGGCAGGAGCAGCCGGAAUUAUUGUGUCUAAUCAUGGUGCUCGACAGCUCGAUUAUGUGCCUGCCACUAUAAUGGCGUUAGAAGAGGUUGUCAAAGCUGCUCAAGGCCGUGUUCCUGUGUUCUUGGAUGGUGGUGUUCGUCGUGGAACUGAUGUCUUCAAGGCCCUUGCAUUAGGAGCCUCCGGCAUAUUUAUUGGACGUCCAGUGGUGUUCUCACUGGCAGCAGAGGGAGAGGCUGGCGUUAGGAAAGUGCUGCAGAUGCUACGUGACGAGUUUGAGCUAACCAUGGCCUUGAGUGGAUGCCGCUCCCUCAAGGAAAUCACUCGCAACCACAUCGUCAGUGAGUGGGACCACCCUCGUCCUCAUCAUCCUCCUGCUCUCCCCAGAUUAUGAGCAGCUUCAAGACGAUGAUGAUGGAGAAGCACUCGUGUCUCACCUGAUCUCUACAACCUCUUAUUUCCUUCCGAUUUUCCUCCUCUUGCUUUUUUUUUUCCAGGGAGAAAACUGCUUUUAUUAUCAAGGAUCUUAAAGAGUGCUAUAUAUUUUGAACGCUACAUGUUUAAUUUACUGUGAAGAUUAUGAUGAUGAUACUUCUUAUCAUCUAAUGGCUACUGUGUUGCUGCUGCAGCUACUUUCACUGUAUAUUCUUUUCAUAAAGUACCUAGGUAGCAGCAAGUGGCUACUGUUGAACCA